GUGGGCGGAGCGAGGACGCGAGGAGGGGCGGCCGCGAGGGCUCCGAAGCGAAGCUGUUCAGCGCUAGCAGGCGUCCUGGCCGGUUUGAGGGAGUAGAGGCUCUGUCUUCCCUUCCUCCGCCCUCGAAAGUCAACUUCACCGCUCCGCCCGCGGGGUCUGCAGGCGGCGCGGGCCGGCGUCAGGGCUUGUCUGCUUCCUCCGGCGUGGGGCCUGGGCGCCAUGGACGCGACGGCUCUGGAGCGGGACGCCGUGCAGUUCGCGCGGCUGGCGGUGCAGCGCGACCACGAAGGCCGCUACUCUGAGGCGGUGUUUUACUACAAGGAAGCUGCCCAAGCCUUAAUUUAUGCUGAGAUGGCAGGAUCCAGCCUAGAACGGAUCCAAGAAAAGAUCAGUGAAUAUCUGGAAAGAGUCCAAGCUCUGCACUCUGCAGUUCAGUCAAAGAGUGCUGAUCCUUUGAAAUCAAAACAUCAGUUGGAUCUGGAGCGUGCCCAUUUUCUUGUUACUCAAGCCUUUGAUGAGGAUGAAAAGGGAAAUGUGGAAGAUGCCAUAGAAUUAUAUACAGAAGCUGUGGAUCUCUGUCUAAAAACCUCUUCUGAAACUGCUGAUAAGACUCUGCAAAAUAAAUUGAAACAGUUGGCUCGACAGGCACUAGAUAGAGCAGAAGCAUUGAGUGAACCUUUGACAAAGCCGUUUUGCAAACUCAAAUCUACAAAUAUGAAAAUGAAGACUGCCCCAGUAAGAACACAUUUUCCUCUGGGACCUAAUCCUUUCCUUGAAAAGCCUCAGCCAUUUAUAAGUCCACAGUCAUGUGACGCCCAAGGACAGAGAUACACAGCAGAAGAAAUAGAAGUACUCAGGACAACAUCAAAAAUAAAUGGUAUAGAAUAUGUUCCUUUCAUGAGUGUUGAUCUGAGGGAACGUUUUGCUUAUCCAAUGCCUUUUUGUGAUAGGUGGGGCAAGCUUCCAUUAUCACCUAAACAAAAAACUACAUUUUCUAAAUGGGUACGGCCAGAAGAUCUCACCAACAAUCCUACAAUGAUAUACACUGUAUCCAGUUUUAGUAUAAAGCAGACGAUAGUAUCAGAUUGUUCCUUUGUGGCAUCAUUGGCUAUCAGUGCAGCUUAUGAGAGACGAUUCAAUAAGAAGUUGAUUACCAGCAUAAUUUAUCCACAGAAUAAAGAUGGAGAACCAGAGUACAAUCCCUGUGGAAAGUAUAUGGUAAAACUUCACCUCAAUGGUGUCCCAAGAAAGGUGAUAAUUGAUGAUCAGUUACCUGUUGAUCAUAAAGGAGAAUUGCUGUGUUCUUAUUCCAACAAUAAAAGUGAACUAUGGGUGUCACUUAUAGAGAAAGCAUACAUGAAAGUUAUGGGAGGAUAUGAUUUCCCAGGAUCCAACUCAAAUAUUGAUCUGCAUGCACUGACUGGGUGGAUACCGGAGAGGAUUGCGAUGCAUUCAGAUAGCCAGACCUUCAGUAAGGAUAAUUCAUUCAGAAUGCUUUAUCAGAGAUUUCACAAAGGGGACGUCCUCAUCACUGCAUCAACUGGAAUGAUGACCGAAGCGGAAGGGGAGAAGUGGGGCCUGGUUCCCACACAUGCAUAUGCUGUUUUGGAUAUUAGAGAGUUCAAGGGCCUGCGAUUUAUCCAGUUGAAAAACCCUUGGAGCCAUUUACGCUGGAAAGGAAGGUACAGUGAAAAUGAUGUGAAAAACUGGACCCCAGAAUUGCAAAAGUAUUUAAACUUUGAUCCCCGAACAGCUCAGAAAAUAGAUAAUGGAAUAUUUUGGAUUUCCUGGGAUGAUCUUUGCCAGUAUUAUGAUGUAGUAUAUUUGAGUUGGAAUCCAGCUCUUUUUAAAGAAUCAACUUGCAUUCACAGUUCUUGGGAUGCUAAACAAGGACCUGUGAAAGAUGCUUAUAGCCUGGCCAACAAUCCCCAGUACAAACUGGAGGUGCAGUGUCCACAAGGGGGUGCUGCAGUUUGGGUUUUGCUUAGUAGACACAUAACAGACAAGGAUGACUUUGCAAAUAACCGUGAGUUUAUCACAAUGGUUGUGUACAAGACUGAUGGCAAGAAAGUCUAUUACCCAGCUGACCCACCUCCAUACAUUGAUGGGAUUCGGAUCAACAGUCCUCAUUACCUGACUAAGAUAAAGCUGACCACGCCCGGGACUCACACCUUUACCUUAGUGGUUUCUCAGUAUGAGAAACAGAACACAAUUCAUUACACAGUCCGGGUAUAUUCAGCGUGCAGCUUUACUUUUUCGAAGAUCCCUUCACCAUAUACCUUAUCAAAACGGAUUAAUGGAAAGUGGAGUGGUCAGAGUGCCGGAGGAUGUGGAAAUUUUCAGGAGACUCACAAAAAUAACCCCAUCUACCAAUUCCAUAUAGAUAAAACUGGACCGUUACUGAUUGAACUGAGAGGACCAAGGCAAUACAGUGUUGGAUUUGAGGUGGUAGCAGUUUCCAUAACGGGAGAUCCUGGUCCUCAUGGCUUUCAGAGGAAAUCUAGUGGUGACUAUAGGUGUGGAUUUUGCUACUUAGAAUUGGAAAAUAUACCUGCUGGAAUCUUUAAUAUCAUCCCAAGUACUUUUUUGCCUAAACAAGAAGGACCUUUUUUCUUGGACUUUAAUAGUACUGUCCCCAUCAAGACAACACAACUCCAGUGAUAGAGAAAUCUCAGCUAUUACUGGAUUCUAUGUUUUGCAGUCAUCAGCUCUUCAGACAGAGACAAAUUAUGAUGGUAAAUCAUCCGAAUGCAAUUCAAUCAAAGACAUGUUACAGUGAAACCUGGUACUUGUCAUGCUGUUUGCUAAGAACUGUACAUAAUCACUUACAAGUACUGUUUACAUGGUUUUGUGCAUACAGAGUUGGCAUGUAUUUAGGGGCUAACUUUGUAUAAAAAUUAUAUGAUUACAGAUUAGAUUCAGCUAUCACUGUGAGAUGCUUUUGCUAACAGGACAAAGGAACUGAAACAAGAUGAGGACAACAAGGGCCACAGAUCCACUGAGUGCAAGAGCAGGCUAUUUUAGUAUCUUGAAAUACUUACAUUAUGUUUCCCGUUUUUACAGAGCACGUAAGUUUAACCUGUUCAUGUUGAAUCCCACCAUACAUCUGAGGCAACUAAUUACCAAAUGAAUCAUGCCAUUAUAACUAAUUCGAAUUUUCCAUUGUGUGUUUAAAUGUUUGUUGCCUAGAUGUUAUGAAAGAAUAAAGCUUUAAAAAGUACCAUUUAGCUUAGCAUGAAGAUGCUCAGGCUUAAGAAUGAAGGUUCUCAGUGUUAGAUACAUCAAUUCAUUGUAGAGAGAGAACUGAGGUAUAUUUAUUGUUGCCAUUUUUAAAUUCUUAGCAGGUUGGUGAAAUGUAGUAAUCUGAGACUGGAAAUGUUAAAGUUUAGUGUAUAGAGCUUUAAACUGCUCCGUAGUUGGUGCUUUUGUAACAGGAAUUUGGAGAGUCCUUGAGACUUUAGUAUGUGGUGAUCGAGUUAUACAGCAUUCAUAAAAAGUGAGUUACCAGGAAUUAGUGUUGUGUAAAUUCCCAUUUGUUUACAUAACAAUACAGAAUGAUGCUCAAGAUUUUAAAAUUCUGAAAAAUAGAAUGGGAUCUGUUACUGUCUCUACUUUAUAAUUAUCAAAACUAUUUCUACUGCCUUUAAUUGAAAUAAAAUAUUUAUACUUAUGGAAACUAUAUAGUUUAACCUCCAGAACUUGAAUUAAUCUACUGUGGUUUUUUGUAAAAGACAGAUGUAUAUUGAAAAUAGAUGCUUCAACGAUUUUUUCUUUUUCUUUUUUUAAAGUUUUGAGACAGGGUUUCUGUGUUGCUUUGGAGCCUGUCCUGGAACUCUCUAAGCCAGAUUGGCCUCCACUCAGAGAUCCGCCCGCCUCUGCCUUCUGAGUGCUGGGAUUAAAAGCCUGUGCUUCAAGGAUAUCUUAAUUCAGUAGUUGGAAGGUCUUUAUCAAUGAAAUUUUACUUAACUAAACUCUUAGGACUUUUGAUUUAGCCAUAUAAACUUGAAAUGUGAGGAUAAGGGUUAAUUUUUGCAUUGAAAAACCUAAUAGAAGGCUGAGAGGCAGCUCAUUGGCACAGCACUUAGCAUGCCCAAGGUCCUGGGUUCAGUCCCCAAUAGCACAAAAACAAAAACCCAGUGGAGAAGACCUAUAUGUAAACAGUAUUGAUUCGUGUAAGCAAGCUCCAUGGAGAGUCCACUAGUCUACGGUAAGACUGGACCAGUGACACACACACAUUUCAAGAACUGCCAUUUGAACUUGGAAGCUUCAAAUACAGAAAAGAAAAACAGCCAGGGAUUAUGUUUUCAUUAUGAAUUUACUCAUCAUGCAUACUCUUUUUAAUCUUCCCAGUGGCUAAAUCAAGUGUAGGCACUAGUCCUACAAUCCCGCAGCCCCGCUGCUUUCUAUGUGGGGACAGCAGGCUGGCAUUGACAGUUGGAUCUGUGUUGUAGGAAGGUGAUUUUAUUGAAUCAGAAGCACAAUAGUGGAACAGAUUUUUUAAAAAAGGGAAAAAUUAGAAAUUGCUAGUGAGAGGAGGGAGGGGAUGGCUCAGGUUAUCUCAUUUCAGUACAUGCAUAGAUGCUGAGCUUCAAGAAACUCCCCCUUGACACAAAAAAGGAAAUUAUCCAGAAAAGGUUAUAUCCUAAAAUUAGUAGUACAUGGUUUGUGGUCACCUUGGGGGGGAAAAAAGUCCCAAGAGGGCCAAAAACUGAAAUUGGUUAGUAGCUGAAUUUCAGACAUGGUGACCACAAAGACGAACAAGAAGAGCGUAAAGAAGUCAAAAUAACAGUGAUGGUACACUGUUGUGUCUCAUUUGGACACAUGAGAGGAAGUGAUGUGAGACAGGAGCCAGGGUCAGAGGUCAUGCAUUCCCUUUCUGAUGUAGGAGACAAGCAGGUGGCAGACUGAUGGGGUCGGGAGAAGCCAGAUUAUGAAGCCCCAGUGCUCAAGUAAGGGAUAUAGUGCUAUGCUUCCCAACAUAAGAAAAUCCAUCUGCCAUAAAUGCUCAUGAGAUUUUACCAUGUGACUCCAACUUAAAAGGCAGAUAUAAGGACCAACAUUCAGGGUGACAGGUACUUGAUCCUGUGGUGGAUCCUGAACAUUAGAGUACACAGCUUUACUCAUUUUCCCAUCCUGUCAACAUUUCUGAGGUAAUGUCUCGGCUGCAGACAGCAGAGCAGUUGAAAGCGACUAACAGUAAUGGGCAAAGCUAGCUAGGAUGUCAUCCUACAACACAUUUCAGUGUGUAGCAUAUACAUUAAAAUCCAAUACUCUCAGCUUCCUAUUAGAAAAAGCACUUUAGAGCUAGACUGAGUCAGGUGAAACCAUAUUGCAGGAUUGUAACUCCCCACCCCAGUCAUCCCCAGGAGACUACACUGACCAGUGAAGCAGAGACCCUCUUUUCUUGGGCCUGUUUCUGCCUGCCUCUGUCUCUCCUCGAUGCUCCCCUUUGUAACACCAAAGGUGGAAUGCUAAUCCAGACCUUGGGAUUUUGAGCUUAAACUACCAGGAUGAAAUGAGAGCAGAUGCUACAGCAUCCCAUGGUGCUUCUCAACAAAGCAAGGAACGUCCCAGAGUGGAAAACUGACAACAGUGGCUUUCUCAGCAGAAGUCACAAAGUUUUCUUAGUUUUUAUUACCCUCAAGGUAUUAAAACAAGUACAAAAUAACCUUGUAAUUAGGAUACUGUAUCCAUCAAUAAAAAAGAAGAAAUCACUAUUGUAUGAAGCUAUACACACAUGGCUAAAAUAUACAAGCUGUGACAGAAUUAAAAGACAAUUUGAAAUGGGGAGUUGCUUUCUUCAGAAAAGCCAAAUCAAUAAAACAGGAUAAAUAAAAUACAGUGCCCUAAAUAUGCAUAAGUAUAAACACUAAGAAUCUAAACACACUACUAUUGGCAUAACAUCCACUGUUUCUAUUUCCCAGCCCCUGCCAGCACAUGCCUACUCCCUCUAAAGAAUACUAGGUGCAGCAUAAACCAUAAAUAGUCUCAGUCUAGAUAGAACAGUGGCAUGCACUUCUAGAAUAAACCCCCUCGGCUGGCAGGCUAAGGUUAGACUGUAAACCUCCCACAACCACAAACCCCGUAUGCUAUGUCCCUGCUCCCUCAUUCCCCAUCCCCAUAUUGGCAUUCAUUCACCUUUCCCACCCCCAAAAAGUGCAGUUCAUGGUACCUUUCCUAGGAAAUGGUUAUAAUGGGUGUCCCAGAAGACAUGCUUUUUUU